CACGAUGGAAGUUUAAGGCAGCUGCUCUUUUUUGUUUUGUGAUUAUUAGAAGACGUCACGUUGCGUGCACUGACUGACUGUCGGCGUGGAAGUGGGAGUGAACACCGGCGGGAUGGAAAAUGGGGGCGACAGUUGCCGUCGCCGGAACCUUACGGCAGUGUCCACAGUCUCUGGCCCGGAUUGCCCUCUGAAUGGCGGAUGUAGUCUUGGGAACCACGGCCACCAGCCCAUUGGAGAUAGUCACGUCACUAGUAAUGGGAAAAUUGAAGUGGAGCAGGUGAUCAGUAAGAAGCUUCAACUGAAAAGGAAAUCAGAGCACCUGAAGAAGGACCUGUUACGUGAAGUUAACAACCAUAUCAAUGACUUCAUUGACAGUCUUAUUGAGGAAUCUGCGAGCGUGGAGCCUGCGCCCCUGCCUGCUGUCUUCUCACCCACUCUGUCAGACAAGGAGAGAAGCAGGCUCGGGCAUUUCAGACCUCCUCAUGGCCAUGGCAAGCAGUUUGUUAGCCGCAGGUCCCUCCUGGAUGAGUUGUUUGAGGUGAACCACAUCCAGACUAUCUACCACAUGUUUAUUGCCCUGCUCAUUAUCUUUAUCCUCAGUACACUGGUGGUUGAUUUCAUUGAUGAAGGCAGACUGGUGCUGGAUUUUGACUUGCUAGUCUACGCUUUUGGACAGUUCCCUCUGGUGGUGUGCACGUGGAUCUGUAUGUUCCUAUCUGUUUUAGUGGUUCCCUACACACUGUUCCACCUGUGGACACACAGCCAGGCUAGCUCUUCCAGUCAUCACAGGCUGUACAGUUGUGCCUACGGCUCCAUGUUCCUUCUUUACCAAGCUUUGGCCCUUGGUUUUCUGCCCACAUACAUGGCAGUUGUGAACAGUUUGCCUCCAGCCUCAUGCUUCAUCAUUAUCAUGGAGCAGGUGAGACUCAUGAUGAAGGCCCACUCCUACAUUAGAGAGAAUGUACCAAGGGUCCUGACCUGGACUAAAGACAAAACCAGCUCAGGCCCAGUGGUCCCUCAAGUUUCUCAGUACCUCUACUUUUUGUUUGCACCCACGCUUAUCUACAGUGAUAAAUACCCAAGAAACCCAAUGAUAAGAUGGGGCUAUGUGGCCUCAAAUUUACUACAGGUGCUCGGCUGUCUGUUUUAUGCAUACUACGUGUUUGUGCGGCUCUGUAUACCCCAGUUCCGCAGCUUCAGUCUUCAGUUUUUUGACCUGAGGACCAUGGUGCUAUGUGUCUUUAACUCCAUCUUGCCUGGCGUGCUGGUUCUUUUCUUGGGGUUCUUUGCUUUCCUCCACUGUUGGCUAAAUGCAUUCGCAGAAAUGCUUCGUUUUGCUGACAGGAUGUUUUAUAAGGAUUGGUGGAAUUCAACAUCUUUUGCUAACUACUACCGUACUUGGAAUGUGGUCGUCCAUGACUGGCUGUUUCACUACGUGUAUCGGGACUUUUUGUGGAUAUCCCGGAAGCGCUUCAGACCAGCAGCCAUGCUGUUUGUGUUUACAGUGUCUGCCAUCGUCCACGAGUACAUCCUAGCAGUCUGCUUUGGCUUCUUCUACCCAGUCCUUUUUUGUUUGUUUAUGUGCUUUGGGAUGAUGUUUAACUUCGUCCUCCAUGACCAAAGAAAAGGUCCCAUUUGGAACAUAAUCAUGUGGACAUCGCUCUUCUUAGGUCAGGGAGUUAUCAUCUGUUUAUACUCUCAAGAGUGGUAUGCCCACUACUACUGUCCCCUAAAGGAGCCCUCCUUCAUUGAGUUACUACAACCUCGGUCGUGGAGCUGCAAGAGGAGUUCGAUGCCCAAGUAACAAGCUGUGACCAGGUCUAUGACACAUUGCUAUCGUGUUGACCGGCUUUUCUGUUUCUGCCCUGUCUGUUUAUUUUAUUUAUCUUUGUUCUGCACAUACCUCUGAUGCCUUAUUUACAUUUUGUGUCUUUAACCUGGAACUGCAGUAUUACUCUGACCUUAUUUUAUGUUUGUUCAAUAUUUUGCAGAUGACUUUGACCUGAUUCACUUUGAGGUUGCACCUUGUGCCAACAUUGAGAGUAGCAAUCAUUGUGAGGCAGCUGAAUACAUUCAUUGUGCACACACUUUUUACACAAGCAAUAAUAGUUAAUAUUUAACAAAACCAGCAUCCCUCUCAUAACAAUGUUGGUCUGUGGAAUCUUCAUCUGAUGCUAUGCACUUUGUAAAACAAUUUAACAAUUAUUUAUUGUAUUUUCUGUUUAUCACUCAAGAUGAACUUACUCAAUUUUUUUUAUUGAGCAUCAUGCUUUACGGGAUCAAAUUAGAUGUUUAUUCUUUGUAUGCUAAUGGACACUUAUUUCAUUGAUGCUCAUUUCCAUUAAAAGAAAUUAAGUUUCAUAUACAU